UGCAAAGGCUACUUACACGGGAUCGAAGGCAUCCUGUUAUCCGGCUUCACGGAUACGCGCACGAUGUCGUACUGGAACAACAGAUCGUACUUCGGCGGCCAGAGCGACAACAACCAGAACCAGGACGGAAACGGAGGCGACCAGUACGAAGCAACCAGCGGCAAGAAACGCUCGUCUUCGCGCCUGAAGAAGAGCAGCAAGAAAGACGCCGACGCCGAUGAAAACUACCCCAACUACACCGCCAACAACAGCGGUAGCCACGAUGACGUAGCCGGCUACACCAGGAACGGUAACAACAACAACCGCAGCAGCAGCAACGAUUACAGCGGCGGCGGCAAAGCCUACAACGGCGGCGCGGUAGGCGUGCCCUACUACGGCGGCGGCGGGUACAACACCAACACUCCCUACGGCAGCGGCGGCGGCGACGUCUACGUGCCGUACACCAACGCUCCCUCGGCGUUCUGGGCUCCGCAGGACGGCGCGCGGUCGCCCAUGUUCAUCAGCACCAAGGAGGUGCACUUGCACGGCGCGCCGGGGUCGCAGUACGACAACGACAACGAUCAGCGGAGGAGUGGCGGCGGCGGGGGCUUCUUCGGCCCGGCGUUCCAUGCCGUCGGCCAUUUCAUCGACCGCCAGUUCGGCUUCAACAACAGGGACUGACGCACGUAUGGCAUGCCAUGCAUGCGUGCUCGCGUCGACGACAGAUCAUAUCUGCAACAGAUUUCAUAUAUCUACGGCACACACACACCCACCCACACACACAUACACACACACACACGUCGUACGUGCAAUUACUAUACGUUUUAUAUACACCCAUGGACCAAGUAGUACGUAUAUAUACUUCCUCGUACGUGUGCUAAGCUAGCUAUCGCUCACAUAUGAGGAGCAAUUAAUUUGUUCAGGUCAAAGGUGUCCGUUCGUUUCGUUCCAAUUCCGAGUGUGCCACCAGUGUUUUCCGUUCCGUUCUGCGUGAUCAAUGUACGUAGUUGGUGUGUACUGCAUGUAUGCUUGUGUGCAGAAUGCAGA